AUGAUCAAGCUUGCGCGGUUCAUGGUGGUGCAGAAGGCACUGUGGUUGGAUCCCCAUGUGGGGGACAUUAUUCAGAUGUGGCAGGCACAGGCUAGCACGGCGAAUGGCACAGUGAAUGGCACAGUGAAUGGCACAGUGAAUGGCACAGUGAAUGGCACAGUGAAUGGCACAGUGAAUGGCACAGUGAAUGGCACAGUGAAUGGCACAGUGAAUGGCACAGUGAAUGGCACUCCGAAUGGCACAGUGAAUGGCAUGGUGAAUGGCACUCCGAAUGGCACUCCGAAUGGCACUCCAAAUGGCACACCGGCUAGCCCAAUAGCAUGGCCGUUGGCCAGUGCAGAUGCCCAACUGGCCGAUAUCGAUGAGGGCUGUGAUAGUGCCAGUCCCACACGCUCCACCCCCACCACGGUGCACGAUCGCCCGUCAUUUCAUGACCAUGUGCAGCAGAUGGUCAGCCGCUUCAUGAUCCGUGGCACCCAUGGGCCCAUGCAGACAUUGCUCGACUGGCGCACAUAUGGGUUGAAGAUCCAUUACAAUAGCACGGCGCCGGGCCAUGUGGCGUGGAUGGGAGCCGAUGAGCUGUUGUACAAGGAUCUGCAUUUCACGAUGGGUGAAUUCCGUGGGUUCAUCCACAGGCUGGUUGGGGCCACACGGGAGCUGCUGUGUGAACUAUUAUGUAUUGCCGAUGGUUCCAGCAGCGCCCACACCCCAAGCACCAUGCCGCUGCCCGCCAUCCCGUGGCAGGGCUUGUAUGAUGAUCCCACCCAGGGGCACCCGGGCUGGAACUUUUUGCAUGAUCGCCGGACCCGAGCGCCCCGUGCAGCAGCAAUUCAUGCGCCGGGGGCGAUCCACGGCCCAUUGGUGGCACAGUAUCUGGCCCGGGUGGCCCGGUUCAAGGAGAAACUGGCCGUGGCCAUCCAUAUGACGGCGGGGCAGCCGGCACGGGCCCCCGAGCUGCUCAGUGUGCAGUAUGUCAACACGCCGAACAACCAAUUCCGCAAUGUGUUCAUUGAGGAUGGGAUGGUGACACUGGUGACUGCAUACCACAAGGGCUUCCAUGCGAGCAACGACAGCAAGCUGAUCCACCGGUAUGUGCCACGGGCGGUCGGGGAGUUGGUGGUGUGGUAUAUGUGGCUGGCGAUGCCAUUCAUUGACCAGUUGACAGCGUGGCAGGCCGGCACUGCGCAUGGCACGGUGAAUGGCACAUUGAAUGGUAUGUCGAAUGGCACAUCGAAUGGUAUGUCGAAUGGCACAUCGAACGGCACAUUGAAUGGCACACAAGCCGGCACGGUGAAUGGCAUGGUGAAUGGUACAGUGAAUGGCAUGUCGAACGGCACAUCGAACGGCACAUCAAACGGCACAGCGAAUGGCAUAUCAAACGGCACACUGAAUGGCACAACAAACAGCAUACCGAUUGGCACACGAGCUGGCACAGUGAAUGGCACAGUGAAUGGCACACCGAUUGGCACACAGGCCGGCACAUCAAAUGCCAUGUCGAAUGGCACAUCGAAUGGCACACGAGCUGGCACAGUGAAUGGCACAUCGAACAGCACAUUGAACGGCACAUGGAAUGGCACACCAAAUGGUACGGUGAAUGGCAUGUUGAAUGGUAGACUGAACGGCACAUCAAACAGCACAUCGAACGGCACACCAAAUGGCACGGCGAAUGGCACAUCAAACAGCACAUUGAAUGGCACAUGGAAUGGCACACGAGCCGGCACGGUCAAUGGCACACUGAAUGGCACGGUGAACGGCAUACUGAAUGGCACACUGAUUGGCACACAAGCCGGCACAUUGAAUGGCACACGAGCCGGCACGGUGAAUGGCAUGGUGAAUGGUACAGUGAAUGGCAUGUCGAACGGCACAUCGAACGGCACAUCAAACGGCACAGCGAAUGGCACAUCGAACAGCACAUUGAACGGCACAACAAACAGCAUACCGAUUGGCACACGAGCUGGCACAGUGAAUGGCACAGUGAAUGGCACACCGAUUGGCACACAGGCCGGCACAUCAAAUGCCAUGUCGAAUGGCACAACGAUUGGCACACUGAAUGGCACGGCGAACGGCACACUGAAUGGCACAUUGAUUGGCACGUCGAACGGCACACCGGCAUGGCAGCCCCCCAGCCCAUAUUUAUGGGGCCCCGACCCGGGCAUGCAGCGGCCAUGGACCCCCGAGCGAUUCCGGGAGGUGUUGAAGCGGGAGACCCAGGCCCGGCUCGGCCAGGCAUUGAAUAUUCCGGCGUACCGGGACAUUGCCAUUGGCAUCAGCCGGCGGUUCCUGCGGGCAUCCAGCACAUUCACCAGUGACCGCCAGGAUGAAACGGAGCAGGCAGCGGCAUUGGAUGCUGACUGUGAGGACGGCAUGGAUGCGGACCAGUGGAUGGCGCAUAUGACGGAUUUACAGGCGGGCCAUUCAUCGCACGUGGCGGGGAUGGUAUAUGGGCGGCAGCUGAUGGAGCAGGCGGGCACAACAAGCCACCGGCGGGCGAUGUUCCGGCAGUCCAGUGUGGAUUGGCACCAGUUUCUGGGGUUCGGCUGCGGCACGGGGGUUCCAGGAGAUGUCCAUGCCGACAUUGAUGCCGGUGGGCUUCGGGCUGGCUUGGUGGAUGAAGGCAGCUGUCCAAGCCGCUGUCCCGGUCAGGAACAGGUUAGGGCUUGCUUGGUGGAUGAUCCCAGUCAGGAACGGGUUAGGGCUUGCUUGGUGAAUGAUCCCGGUCAGGAACGGGUUAGGGCUCGCUUGGUGAAUGAUCCAAGUCAGCAAGCGGUUAGGGCUCGCUUGGUGGAUGAAGGUAGCUGUCCAAUUCACCAUCCCGGUCAGGAACGGGUUAGGGCUUGCUUGGUGGAUGAUCCCGGUCAGGAACGGGUUAGGGCUCGCUUGGUGGAUGAUCCCGGUCAGGAACGGGUUAGGGCUCGCUUGGUGGAUGAAGGUAGCUGUCCAAUUCACCAUCCCGGUCAGGAACAGGUUAGGGCUCGCUUGGUGGAUGAAGGUAGCUGUCCAAUUCACCAUCCCGGUCAGGAACAGGUUAGGGCUUGCUUGGUGAAUGAUCCCAGUCAGGAACGGGUUAGGGCUCGCCCCGUGCUCGGGAAACGCAAGCGGGCCCCAUGGCAGGUGGAGGCUGAGGAGCACCACAUGGAGCGGCGCCACCAGCUGCAGACCAUGGACAUGGCCGCUGCGCUGCAGCAGAUGACCGGUCAGGCCGGCAUGCAGUUCCAGGGCAUCCAGGCACCCGCCAUGGCGGCGAUCCAGCAGGGCAAGAGCCCCGUGGUGGCAGUCAUGCCCACCGGCGGUGGGAAAAGCAUGUUAUUCAUGUUGCCCGCGUGGGCCGUCCCCGGGGGCACCACCAUUGUGGUGGUGCCAUUGAUCUCGCUGCGGCAGGAUAUGCAGCAGCGGGGCCGGCGGCUAGGCAUCCCAUGUAUGGCAUGGGACCGGCAGCAGCCAUGUGAUGAAGCAGCCAUUGUGCUGGUCACACCGGAAUCGGCUGUCACCCCCGAUUUCCAUUCAUUCAUCAACCGGUUGGUGGUGAUGCAGCGGCUGGACCGGGUGGUGAUUGAUGAAUGCCACAUCAUUAUGAACCAGCAGAAGAACUUCCGGUCCGCCAUGGCACAGCUUGGGAAGCUCGUUCGGGCCCGUACACAGAUGGAUCAGAUCGAUAUAUAUCGGGCCCGCACGAGCCGCGGCAAUGUGGCAUAUGGGGUGUGGCGGCCACCGAUUCCACACACUGCACCACAUGGAUAUGGAUGGGAGCAGGAUGCCCGGAUUAUUCAGUUCCUGCAGGCGCAGCUCCAGUGGGCCCGGGCCCGGGGGGAAGAUGGUGAUAUAUGCCAACCGGGUCCACCAGGUGCAGGCGAUGGCGGCGGUAUUGGGAUGUGA